AAUAUCCCUGUAUUUGUGGAUUAUUCGUCAAUACCUACUGGAAUACUACAAGUUAAUAGCAAUAACCCAUUUAUCCUAUGCCCUAUUACCAAUAACCAACAAAUGCAGGCCCCAGCCCGGCUUGCUCAUCCAACAAUAAUGCCAUUCCCAGUUGAGUAUUGGAGGGCUAAUACAACCCUGCCAAUAGAUCUAACAUCCCCCACUAUACUCUAUGCAGACCCCCAGGCAUAUAUAAGAGCUCAUACUACUAAAUAUCCUCCUUAA